AUGGGCAAGUUCGAUGCCUCACAACCACCAGCAGACCAUUCAGCGCCGACACCGUCGAAUCGAUCCGCACACCCGGGAACCGACGAAUUCACGAUGGCUACAUCUCAAUUGAGGGCAAUUGGCGUCUUUGCGCGCAGUGCGCGCCUCUCCCAGCGUGCCUUCACCACCUCUGCUCGACAAUUCGAGGCCGCUGUCUCGACCAAGACCAACGAGACCUCCCCCGCCUCCGUCAACGAGAACAAGCCUGCCGAGAUCAGCCAGGCUCCUAACCGUGUUGGUGUCUGGUCUCGUAGCCAGAAGCCUCGUGCUCAGGCUAUGACCGGUCCCAGAUUUGAGCAGACCGACUUCGACCUCCAGCCUCAACCCAAGGCUGCCAUUGAGAUGAUCCACAAGCAGCCCGUUACAUGGACCCACGAGCGAAUUGUUGCCUGUAAUGGUGGUGGUGGUCCCGAGGGUCACCCCAGGGUCUUCAUCAACACCGACAAGCCUGAGAUUGCUACCUGCGGUUACUGCGGUCUACCUUUCGCCCAUGAACACCACCGCACCCACCUCGAAUCCCUCCCUCAGACUUCUUACCCUCUGUCAUAA